AUGGAUUAUAGGGCAGAUUCUAGUGGUCAUGCUGAGAUUUUUGUUUUGGAUUCAUAUGGAGUGGAGGAAGAUACAAAUAGUAUAGAAGAUGAAGUGCUUACUAGUGAUAAAGAUGCAGAAUUAUCUUCAACAGGUGAAAUUCAAGAUAAUGAGGAGAUUGAUUACAAUGGAUGUGCUUUAGGGAAUGGCAAAGUUACAUUAAAUCAUAGCCCUGAUUUGGUUUUGCGAAAUCGAGAAUACUUGAAUAAGUUGCAAGAUAUGUGUGAUGAAGAUUUGGCAGUAAUGACUAGGCAGAAUAUGUGGAAAUUAUAUGAGAAUAUGGGGAAUUUAUGGCCAUCAUUUUUACGAUAUGAAAAUCCGCCACCAGGUGCAAGGAUAAGAGAAUCCCGUUUUUUUAAUGAUAUUAAGUCCAACGUAGUUCCUUCAUCUAAAGAAUCUAAUAGAGAGGAUAAUAUAAGUAAUGCAGGUGAUUCAACAGAUACAGAGGGUACUAUAGAUAAGCUAAAUGACAAAGUUGGUUAUAGCAAUCUUAUUAAUCUUAUACGAAUAUCAAAACAACUCCUAAAAAAAGGUUUAAAAGAAGGAACUUAUGACUCUGUUUUCUUUGAUACUACAGAAUCAGCUAGGCAUGGAUUAAUAGCAAUAUAUUUAGCAAAAAAUGGUAUUAGAAAAGGGAUGACUUGCUUAAAAUGUCAAUAUUGUGGCUCUUCCAAAUGUGAAAGACGAGCAGUUUCAUGCCCAGCUAAUCGAUGUUUUAAGUGUUUACUAAAAGGACAUUUAUCCAGAUUUUGUAGGACAUCAAAUGGAUAUUUUUUUGAAAAUUAUUAUUUUCCUGCAAAGAAGGACCGUGACUUUAUGUUUUUUAUUAAUGAUUCAACUCAAUUUUCUUAUACCAAUCUAAUCAAUGUUGCAUAUUGUAUUUGUCCAAUUUGUGGAAAUUUUGGUCAUAUAUCUUGUGCUAAAAGUCCUCUAGAUUUAGCAAGUACUAAUUCAGAAGAGUCGAAGAGAUUUGAAAUAUACCAGGGAAAUAAUAAGGCUGAUUACAAUGAAGACUAUUUGCUUCCUAAAACAACUCAGUUAUCAGGUAUAUACUAUUUUUAUCAAAUAUAUAAGUCAUAUAAUAAUGAGCAUUCUAGUAAUAAUAUGAAUCAAUUGAUCUUAUUAGAUAAUUGUAUAAGUUAUAAUGGAAAUUUAUAUAAUAAUCGACAAGAGCAUAUAUAUUCCAAUUACAACUCACAUAACAUAUACAGAGAUAGUAAUCUUGAUUUCCAGAAUAUACCUUAUAGAUAUAUUGAACAACCUUAUAAUUUACAAGGACAUCCUACUCGUAAUAUUGGCAAUCAAUUUAUUAGUGGCACAGAUGCUAGGUACAUAGAAGGGUCAGUUCCAUAUUUGCAUGAAAAUAGAAGGUCUCGAAAUGAGAUAAAUCGGGGUAAUCAAAAACAAUAUAUAUAUAUUAGGGAGUCUCCAAGGACAAUCUAUUUUGAGGAUACUUCAGUUACAAAUAAUGGACAUUGUAAUACUCGAUACAAUUAUACUGGAAAAUAUUAUAAAAAUAAUUCAAAUUAA